AUAUCAAUGCAAAACAUGGAGAAAACAAGGAAACAAAUGAUAUUUCUUUCCCUUCUUAUCUUGCUUCUCACAAUGGGAAAAGAGUCUUUAUCAACACCACCACCACAGCCUCUGCCUGCUCUUGGCAAGCACUUUGUGCUAAUACACGGUGCAGGUCACGGUGCCUGGUCCUGGUACAAACUUGUGCCCCUGCUAAGACUUUCCGGCCACAAUGUUACUGCAAUUGACCUGGCAGCUUCCGGGAUUCAUCUUCAGCAGGCUAAAACUCUCCGGUCGGUGUCUGAUUAUCUCCGGCCGCUAAGGGAUUUCCUGGCAGCUCUGCCACCGCAAGAAAGGGUGAUCCUUGUUGGUCAUAGCUUCGGUGGGGUUGCACUUUCCCAAGCCAUGGAAAGAUUUCCUGAGAAAAUUUCUGUCGCAGUUUUUCUCACUGCACUAAUGCCUGGCCCAUCCUUCAACAUUUCUACUCUUUUCAAAGAGUUUUCAAGCGGGCAACUUCCUGAACUGGACAACCACUAUGCAUAUGAUGAUGGCCCAAACGAUCCUCCAACCACUGAAUUUUUUGGCCCAAUUUUCUUGAAAAAUGUAUUGUAUCAGCUCAGCCCACUUGAGGAUUGGACAUUGGCAACAUAUUUGGUAAGGCCAAGACGUUUGUUUAGUUAUGAAGACAUGUCAAGGGAGAUCCUGCUGACAACAGACAAGUAUGGAUCGGUUAGAAAGGUCUUUAUAAUUGCAGAAGAAGAUUUGAUAAUAAAGAAGGAUUUUCAACAGUUGAUGAUACAGAAAAAUCCACCCAAUGAAGCACAAACUGUUCUUGGAUCUGAUCAUAUGGUUAUGAUGUCUAAACCUAUGGAUCUUUGUACUAUUCUACUACAAAUUGCUGACAAAUAUGUCUGAUUUCACCACUUCUUUAUAAGGAUGUUACGUGUAUGUUAGAAAUGUAAGGGUAAACAUUGUUAAUAAACGUAUAAUUUUAUGUGUUAA